AUGGCUCUGUACAAAGAUGUAAGCAAGCAUUAUUCUGAAGAUGGUGAGGGUUUGUAUGAGGACAAAGAUAAUGAGGCCAAAAGCAGAGGAAACAUCCGCAGCUCUGUCUCUCUGGAGAUCUAUGGUCUACAGCGGGAGCAGCACAAACAGAACAUGUACUUCUCCAACCAGGAGUACUACAAGAGGCUGGAGGAGCUCAAGAACACCCACCUCCGAAACAUUGCAGAGCUGGAGCAGAUCUACAUCACUGAGGCAGUGCGGCGCUACAACAGGGAGGGAGAGCGACUGACCACAAGCAAACAGAGCAGACGACUCUUCAGUGAUAGACCAGUGAGGCGACUGCAGAGGAUCAACUCACAGGAGGAGCUGGACUUUCAUGACACCUCCAGCGGCUCCGACCAAUCAGAAGCUUGCGGAGAUGAGCGUAGAGGAGGCAUGAAUGGGGACAAGCCACGAAGGAACACAGGGAAAGACCGCUCAUUCAGGAGACUGAUACUAAAUUCAGAUGAGCCAAAGAAGCAUAAGCCAUUUCGGUUCCAGUCUAAGAGCCCCAAAACCAAGGUGUCUGGCCUGAGCAGGGUCAAAGCUAAGGCCAAGUCUAAAGUGACCAUCCCGAAACCAUUUCAGAUGAUGCUUCGUGAGGAGGACAGAAAGAGGCAAAAGGUCCGCUCACGCUCGGAGGUGGAACUGGAGAACUCCCUGUUGAAACGAGAGCUGGAAGAACUGAAGGAGUGCAAGAAACAGUUUCGAGCAUCACCGGCCCCUGCUCACAUCCACCUGCCACUUUAUGAAGUGGUUAGCCAGAGGUUCAGUCAACGACCUGCUACACUGGGCAAAUGUGACCAAACCAAGCAGCUCUUUGACACUUCAAAACCCUUUCAGUUUUUGGAGCGAGAGAGAAGGAAGAGGGAGGGAAGGAUUGUGGCUGAGCUGGGGAAACUGUGCUCCAGAGUGGAAACACGCCGGUUCAGAGCCAGGCCAAUGCCCCGAUCAGUGUACGCAUCAAACCCUGUCAGACAACCGCUGAAUAUGGAGCGAGAGGUCACCGAGGGCCACAGUGACCCAAACUCUGACCUGGAGACGGACCCAGUCAAGCCAGGAAGCACAUCACCAGAUGCAAAAAAAGAUGCAUCUUCCAAGCCAGUGAAGAAACAGAUCGAGGUCUCUAUUGAAAUGGUCAAAGAGAAACCAUGGUCCUACAUCAACCCACUUCAAAACACUACAUGUAGACCUCCUCUUUGUACACAGCUACCACAAACACUGGAAAACAGUGAAUACAUCACUGUUUAA